CUCUCUUCCUUUGAUGCAGGAGCUGCUGGACCCAAUUCCGUGGGAGUUCCCUGCUCAGGAGGACACGGGCAGCUCCUCUCCAUCUCCCUUCUGCACUGGGUGAGACACAAGGAGAAAUGUAAGAGUGCAGCUCUGGGAAUUCACCUCUCUGGCAGAAGUCCCGUGGACCCACCCCAGCCCUGAGCCCUGUCAGCAGCGGGGAUGUUCAGCUACCUCCGGGAGCGCUUCACCAGCCACCUCCGGGAGCGCAGCCGGCGCCGGGCCAGGCUCGUCUCCAAGGAUGGGAGGUGCAACAUCGAAUUUGGCAACGUGGAACAGUCCAGGUUUGUCUUCCUCAUCGACAUAUGGACAACCAUCCUGGACCUCAGGUGGAGGUACAAGAUGACCAUCUUCAUCUCGGCCUUCCUGGGCAGCUGGUUCCUGUUUGGGCUGCUCUGGUACGUCGUGGCCUACAUCCACAAAGACCUGCCCGAGUUCAACCCCUCCAUCAACCACACCCCCUGCGUGGAGAACAUCAACGGCCUCACCUCAGCCUUCCUCUUCUCCCUGGAGACCCAGGUGACCAUCGGGUAUGGCUUCAGGUGUGUCACAGAGCAGUGUGCCACUGCCAUCUUCCUGCUCAUCUUCCAGUCCAUCCUGGGUGUCAUCAUCAACUCCUUCAUGUGUGGGGCCAUCCUGGCCAAGAUCUCCAGGUCCAAAAACCGGGCCAAGACCAUCACGUUCAGCAAGAACGCUGUCAUCAGCAAGCGUGGGGGGAAGCUCUGCCUCCUGAUCCGCGUGGCCAACCUCCGCAAGAGCCUGCUGAUCGGGAGCCACAUCUACGGGAAGCUGCUGAAGACCACCAUCACCCCCGAGGGGGAGACCAUCAUCCUGGACCAGGUCAACAUCGAAUUUGUAGUGGAUGCUGGCAACGAGAAUCUCUUCUUCAUCUCGCCCCUCACCAUUUACCACAUCAUAGACAAGAACAGCCCCUUCUUCCACAUGGCUGCAGAAACCCUCCUGCAGCAGGACUUUGAGCUGGUGGUGUUUUUGGAUGGCACCGUGGAGGCCACCAGUGCCACCUGCCAGGUGAGGACGUCCUACAUCCCCGAGGAGGUGCUCUGGGGGUACCGCUUCGCUCCCAUCGUGUCCAAGACCAAAGAAGGGAAAUACAGAGUUGACUUCCAGAACUUCAGCAAGACAGUGGCCGUGGAGACUCCACACUGUGCCUUCUGUCUCUACAAUGAGAAGGAAGCCAAAGCCAAAGAGAAGAAAGGUUAUGACAAUCCUGGCUUUGUCUUGUCUGAAGUCAAUGAAACCAGUGACACAAAAAUGUAGUGCCAGCUACUCGUGCGGCUGAGUUUUUAGAGAGACUUCAGUCUUGAGAGGAUUAACAAAUAAUCAGUAAAACAAAACAGAAAGACAGGUUUGGGUUUGCUCUAACCCAGCAUUUGUUUUCUCAAAAGCCUCCAAUCAAAGAGGAACAGCAUACCAGUUAUCACUAUUUAACUACAUUAUAUAUAUUUAAUAGAAUUUAUAUUUUUAUAUCCGUGGGACAUUUAAUAAAGCUGCUAUGUUGGAAUGUCCAACUCACUGAAGUUUUCAGGGGCACGCAAAGGUGUUAAAAAGCCUGAAAAGAUGGAAAGAAAUUUUAGGACAUUAAAUAUACACAGCUGCUGGAAGGAGAACGUGAAAAGUCAAGAUAGAAGGCAAAGCUAAAGAAACCUAAAGGGCUUAGGAGCCAAAACCUAAAAAAAAUUUCUGGUUGUCAAAGCCGUCUAUGAAAACAGAGACUCUGGCUCUGGAACUUGAGCACCUUUGAAUGUUCUGAAACAAUUCUGUCUCUCUUUCUUUGGGGCUGGUACAGCUGCAGGACAGAGCAGUAUGGGAUGGGACAAGCCUAGGAAACAGAGAAGACAGAGCUUGGGCCAAGCUGCUGCAUCUCCAACUCCAAAAUGUGACUUCUCCCCUCUGAAAGCCUUUGACUCCUUUCAGGGAAAAAGAGCCAAAUGCAAAUGACAACUGAAAAACCAAGGAGAAGCAGAGACCCGCUCUGGGACAAAAGGAAUUUUGCAGCUUAUUCCCAUCUAUCCCAGCCUUCAGCUGCUCUUCACUGCCCCAGCAGCUGCCUGGAUGGGGAAUAGGGAAUAGUUGUUUGAAGACAACUCUCCAGAAAGGUGGGGAGAUGGAGAACACAUUCAUUCCUUCACACCUGGCAGAAAGCACUCCACUGGAGAAGAGAGGAAGUUCCCAGAUCUAGUUGUAUACUUCCAAAAAAAUCCCCAAUACAAACAGAUUAUCUUCUCCUUUGAAGCACAAAGGUCUUGUUCAAACAAAAACAGAGCCCAGGAGCCUCCUACAAACAUUUAGCUUCAGAUUUGGCUCCAAACUGUUCAUCUCCCCAUAGCCAAAUGUGCAUCCCUACAGGAAACAACUCCUGCUCAGUGGGAGCUGAGUAGUGCUAAGGAUUUUCUGGGGGUGAUUUUUGACAUAAAUGCAAUAAGAAGCUUCAAUACCUUUUUAGUGAAUUUCUACUUCCUCACAGUCAAGUUUUUUUCUCCCCAAUUCAUUCUGUUACUGAGAGUCCUAGUGGCAGACCAAAGAGUUUUUGGGAGCUCUUCCUGGUGAUGUAACUCAACUCAUCAAUUUUCAAUGCUGUGGUGAAAUGGAAAUAGUGUUAAAAGCUGGUGGACUAAGUGGUUUUAAAGAAGGGGAGAAUUCAGCAGGUCAGAUGAUGACAAGAGAAAGUUGUGCUGGAGAUGAGCCCAGUGUGAGCAUGGAAAUCAAACUCUGGGAGCCAGGAGUGUUCAGAUCCUAGUCCCAGAGCAGUGUGAGCUCCUCUCUUGGGUCAGAACAAAUCACUUUUCUCUGUAUCUCUGAUUGCCAUCAGUAACACUGGACAAAAACACUGACAUUGUACAGAGAGCAAUGGUAUGAACAGUUAUGUCACUAAAGCACUUUAAAAGCCAAUUCUCAGCUGUGUCAAUCUUUCCUCAGUGCACCACUGUCACACCCUUCUCCACUCUGGAUGGAAAGGUCAGCACACAAAGUUCUGCUCUCAUCACACAUCAGAGCCACGAAAAGUGGCUGCACCAGAACUGUGAAUAGAAAAGCAGGAGUGAGACCUUUGAGGUAACUCACAGAUACUGCCUGAGAUUUUCAUUGUGCUGGAUUGCAACUUUGCAAACCAACAGUGUAAAAACUACUUUGCAGUCCCAAUCACCACAGCACGUUAGUGCCCUUCAUAUAAUCAGCUAGGAAGGGCAGUUUUGAACCCCCAAAAGAAAUCAGUGGCUGUACACAGAAAUCUCAGAGGGAGGAGGGAAGUGAAAUAAUGUGUCCAGAGUUCCAGAGUGGUCUGAACCAAAAGGCUGCUCCAUUCUUCCAGAGCUGCUGCUGCAUUUCCUCCCAAGGUUUCCUGUACAGUGCCCUGGGUGUAGUGUCUCCAGAAAGUGGCACUGUCAGUGCUCAAGGCUCACAAGCUACACCUCCUACCCCUGGGAAAGGAGAUGCAUCAAGAUGCCUUUAAUAGAAGCAGAAAAAGUGUUCCCACAGGACAAAAAUAGCAAAUCCAAGGGAAAUCCAUUCGAAAGGUCGAACCCAGCUGUGCAAUGAGGAGUCAGGGAAGAGUCCUACUUUAAGUACUGUUUUGGGAUGUUAGUGCUAGUGGGAAAAAGAAAUCAAAUGCUCUGCAGUGCCUGUCCAAGAGGUGGUGCACACCCUCCAAAACUUAGAGGGUCCUUAAACAAUGCACUUCCAGGUAUGCCCUUGGAAAGGCUCCUCAAAAUCCUAAACCUCAAUGUUCUUCUGACCCAGCGAUGGAACCUUUUGCCCUGUCUCUGCAGGGUGAGCAUGGGGAGGUGUUGCCCCAUUUCUAGAAGCAUGAAGUGCUCCCACAGCUCAGAGAGAAGACACCUGAUCCCCCUGAGGGGGUGGCUGCCUGUGCUCCCUCCUGACAGUCAUGCCUGCCUCGGGACCUGCAGCACAAGGGAGCUGCACCAGGGGAAGGGUGACUGUGCUCUUUUGUGUAUUUUGCUGUUACUGGAAGGGAUCCAGGAGCAGAGGAAAUUCGAGGGGAUGGAUCCCAAGCUGACAGGGCCACGGCUGAGCUGUCAGGCUCCCUUAGAGCAGGAUCUUGCUGGGAGCUGACUGGGAAUCCCAGAGUGAGCCUCCUGCUGGAUGCCACCCCAGGAAGCCCUGGCAGCCCCGCAGGAGAUAGAGCUGAGGCAGAGCCCAGCAGCAGCACAACAACGAGAGGAAUUUCCUCUGGCUGUCCAGGGAGAGCAGUUUGUCACCCUGCAGAUAAAGGCCCGGCCAGGAAGGAGGUUAUCGGGGACAGGCCACUCGGGACACGCUCCAGAGGAAAGCUAUUUUGGGGGCUGUCACCCCUGCUGCCAUUAAAAGAAAGUUCAGUUAAGAGGAUGAAAAUAAAUUUAAUCUUGCUGAGCAGAAGUGGCUGGAGGGAACCACAGAGCCGAUACUGGAAGACAAAGGCCGGGUUCUUC